CAAUCGGGUGUGCGUAGACCAUCUUACCUUUCGCUGAGCGUAUCGGUAAUCAGUCACAGUAGCGCAUGGGGUUUCCAACAAGAAGAAGGUCAAGAAAAUACUAAAAAUGAAGAGAAGGGAUUAUGGGUUUUUGAUUCUUCUGCUCCUUCUUCAUUUGCAUGUCUCUUUUUCCUUUGGAAUACAUGACGGAGUGUGUAUUUCCAAAGGUGGUCGAUUUCCACCAUUUUCAUCUGAAGGGAAACCUCCAAAGAAGGUAAGUAAGGGUUCCAAAGAUUUGACCCUUUGCAGGGUGUUUCGCAGAAAGACUUGCUGUGAUGUAGGUCAGACGUAUCCUGCUUUGCUGUCUGUUAGGAGACUGGCUUCAACUGGGGAGGCAAGCCAAGAAUGUUUGCAAUUAUGGGAAUUACUGGAAUGUUCCAUCUGUGAUCCCCAGAUUGGUGUUCAGCCUGGAAUUCCUCUUAUAUGCUCUUCUUUUUGUGGGAGAGUCUAUCAAGCUUGCGCUAAUGCUUACUUCUCCAUGGAUGUGAAAACACAGGUUCUAGCACCAUGUGGAGUAAAUGACUUUGUUUGCGGUAAAGCUGCUGAAUGGGUCUCCAAUGGCACAGAGCUCUGCCUUUCUGCUGGUUUUGCCGUUAAACCAUCAGAAGAUGCAUACAUUGGUACAGAAGAGGCAUCUUGCUAUGGUGGUAGAGCCAGUCUUGAUUCUAUUGCUGAGUCGUGGAGGGCUUCACAUUCUGACUUGCCCCCGAAAGCUGGGAACUUGGGGGUUUUAAAAGAUUUCCAGCAGUGGAUGCAGGAAAUGCCUUUCAGUGAAAAAGUUUCUUGGGCAGUGGGAGGGAUGGUUCUUACUGCGGGGUUGUUGUUUUUGAGCAAAAGGAAAAGUUAUAGCCAGCGCCAGAGGCUAGCAGCUAUUCAACGAACAGCUAGGAAGCUGGAAGGCAAGAUGAACCAGAAAUCUCCUGAUAGUCAAGGGAAUAGGAAGGGAAAUCGAAGAUGAAUGCCUUGUUGAAUCUCCAGAUCCAAACUAGCAGCUAUGAUUCUGGCAUCUACCAAGGUCUUCAUUGCUUCACAACAUUUAUUGACCAACAAACUCUGAUUGUGGACGUGGAAAAGAGAUACAAGGGUGAUAUUUAUGUGCCAUUGUACAAGAACGUUUAUGGUAAACAUGAUGAGUUUCAUACCAAAGAAUUUUCUUGAUGUGAGAUAAAGUAGCUCUUUGCCAACCUUUUUGAAGAAUUUGCUUAGAUACCGACAGUAUGUUGGUUAAUUGAAUUACAUUUCCCAAUGCUACUGUCAUGGUUUUAAUUUUGGGUUGACAAUGAAGUCUUGAUCUGUGUUGCAAUC